UGAGAGCUAAAAAUUCAAGCCAACGCCAGAAUAUGUGGCUCCUAAUGCUUUAACAAAAAAGAAUGGAAAACAUCAAAAGUUCUGGAAAUUUCACCAAAAAGAUAUUCAUAUCCCCUCUUUCACUUACAGAAAAACCCAGCUUCAAAAAUCAAGCUUCAUUUAAUUCACAAACUUCUUUGACUCGCCGCCACAUUCACUGGUUGUUUCAAUGGUCGUUUCGAUUUCGGCAACCGGGUUUAAAUCAGGUUUAGGAACUUCCUUCUACGGAAGUUGGGGUCCUUGUUCUUCAGAUUCUGACUGGUUGGUUAACUCAGUUCCGAGCCAGGUUCGAGUUGGGAAACCUGUUAGAUCAAAGCCUAUGAUGAAGAAUGUUAAUGAAGGGAAAGGAUUGUUCGCUCCGCUUGUGGUUCUUACUCGUCAAAUCAUUGGCAAGAAAAGGUUUAAUCAGCUCAGAGGAAAAGCCAUUGCCUUGCACUCUCAGGUAAUUACUGAAUUUUGCAAAUCAAUAGGGGCUGAUGCUAAGCAAAGGCAAGGGUUGAUUCGUUUAGCCAAGAAGAAUGGGGAAAGGCUUGGAUUCCUUGCAUGAUAAUGAUAACUUAUGAAUCAAGUUCCGGGCUAAAGUCGGACAUAGGUAUACGUUAGAGAUGGAUGUGUUUCGAUUUUUUAAACUUCUUUUAUAUAUUUAAAGGAUGAUAUUUUUAUAGAUAUAAUACGAAGAAUUUAACACUAUGUUUAGUUCGAUGUAAUAUAAUAGAACUGUAAUGAAAUAGAGUUGUAAUGUAAUAGAGCUGUGAUCAGUAAUUUAACUUUUUGGUUGAAUGGAAUGGAAUAGAACUGUAAUAAUAUUUGUCGAA